AGUGCUGACUUUCAGACACACCAACUCAAAACGAAUCACCAAUUUUCAUUUUGCAUUGCGUUCGGUCCUUCGUAUGCAAUACAACAAAAUGUGAAUAAGUGAUUCUGAAAAUAAUGGCUUCUUUAAAGGACCUCGCAAGGCUCUUCAACGGCCUCUCCUUAAUCGCAAACGAAUUCGUAAAACACUCGUCACCCCAAACCCUAAUCAAGACAGCACUCCUCUCCGCCACCGACCUCUCCGGCAUCACCAAAGGAAAGCUUCACCAAUUCUCCAACCCUAAAACGACGCGCCACGAUGCUACUGCUUCCCAUUCCCUUAUUUUUCUCACCGAUAAUCCUUCUCCUCAAUCUCAUUCAACAUCGCCACCGACAACCACAGCGGUAACAAACAAUCACGAUGCUGCCCCUAUUUCCUCUGAAUCAAAUCACCGACAACAUUCUGAUGUAAUUGAUUGCGCCGCGGCGGCGGAGAGAGUCGAUGAGAUUCCGAGCUCUGCUGAAACGGUUAAUGAAUGUGUGAGCGAGGAAGUGGCACCCGCGCCGCCGUUGAAGAAACGGCGGCCCAGGGAGAGGAAGGUUCCGGCAACUCCGUUUUCUAGGGCUCUUGGGUUUGCUGGGCUAGGAGCUGGUCUUGCGUGGGGAACACUUCAGGAAGGUGCUAAGAGGCUUGCCUUUGGCACACCAAAUUUGCAAGGCAAUCAAUCUGCACUUUCACCCUUUUUGUCUGAAAAAAAUGCCGAACGAUUAGCUCUUGCACUUUGUAGAAUGCGUGGGGCAGCGCUCAAGAUUGGGCAGAUGUUGAGCAUACAGGAUGAAUCUCUUGUUCCUCCUCCGAUCCUGGCUGCAUUAGAAAUUGUCCGUCAAGGUGCAGAUGUGAUGCCAAAGAGCCAGCUUACCCAAGUUUUAAAUGAUGAAUUAGGUCCUGGUUGGUCAUCAAAAUUAAUUAAUUUUGAUUAUGAACCUAUAGCUGCUGCAAGCAUUGGCCAGGUGCACCGAGCUGUCAUGAAGGAUGGCAUGCAAGUUGCAAUGAAAAUUCAGUACCCUGGUGUUGCAGAUAGCAUUGAAAGUGACAUUGAGAAUGUGAAGCUCCUUUUAAACUACACAAAUCUAAUUCCUAAAGGACUUUAUCUUGACAGGGCUAUAAAGGUGGCAAAAGAAGAAUUGUCUCGCGAGUGUGAUUACAAGUUGGAGGCAGCAAAUCAGAAACGGUUCCGAGAUCUUCUUGCUGGCACAAAUGGAUUUUAUGUUCCAAUGGUUUUGGAUGAUAUUUCAAGCAAAAGAGUAUUAACAACUGAGCUUGUUCACGGAAUUCCAAUUGACAAAGUGGCAUUACUGGACCAGGAAACUCGUAAUUAUAUUGGGAAAAAGUUAUUAGAACUCACAUUGAUGGAGUUAUUUGUAUUUCGAUUUAUGCAGACUGAUCCUAAUUGGGGUAAUUUCCUAUUUGAUGAAGCUACAAAGACAAUCAAUCUGAUUGAUUUUGGUGCAGCAAGGGAUUAUCCUAAAAGAUUUGUGGAUGAUUAUUUAAGAAUGGUUCUAGCAUGUGCAAAUAGUGAUAGCAAUGGGGUCAUUGAGAUGUCCAGGAGACUUGGGUUCCUCACUGGAAUGGAAUCAGAUGUGAUGCUAGAUGCUCAUGUCCAAGCUGGUUUUAUUGUCGGUCUGCCAUUCUCAAGACCAGGAGGAUUUGAUUUCCGAUCAACCAACAUUACUCAAAGCAUUUCACAUCUUGGGGCAACAAUGCUGAAGCACAGGCUCACUCCUCCACCUGAUGAAGCCUACAGUCUGCAUAGAAAGCUUUCCGGUGCUUUUUUGGCAUGCAUUAAGAUUGGGGCCGUUGUCCCUUGUCGGGAAUUAUUGCUUGAAAUAUACAAGCAUCAUAAGUUCAGUGAGGUAGAUGAGAUAUUAUCCAGUGGUUCAGUCCCUGCGUAGAUUAAUUAUUUUUGUCCAAUUAAAUUUUGCCAAUUAUAAUAAUUGUGGGGGCUAGUUUUCAUCCAAGCUUCUUAACAAGAAUAUUUCAAUUUGAUCCACCAGUAGAGUUUUGGGGGACAAUUUCCCCUCUUCCCAUGUAUAAUUUAGCUUCCUGUAGAAUUUUUUCCAGAUGGAUUCUUUGAAAGGUGAUUGAUUCCUUAAAACAAUGUUUUUGGAUAUGUUUAUUUUCCCGUCA